UUCGUCGUUGUUUUUUUCCAAAUAAAUCGCCUGAUUGAGAUAAUUUGGGUGGUGUAUGGUGGUGGCGUCGCGACGCCGGACGUCGUGCGUGGUUUUUCGAAAAUUUCGCGCCGCUGUUAUCGAACGUCUCGACGGCUUACCUGAGUGUGCCGCGACGAGGGGAGGUUAUGAUAAAAUUGCCUGAUGCAGCAUGCCGGACUUCAAUAUGGCCAAGGAGCUGUCAAUUCCCACCAAUCACCGACAUUUGCUGACAUUACGCAAACAGGUGGGAAUACGACCAGCUCGCUGCGCCAAUUUCGCAAAAAGGAGGGCCUCGAGAAAAAUUCUAAUACGGACCUGAAUAAUAUUGAUACGAGUCAUAUUGCGAGGGUGCCCCCUCAUAAUCAUUACCCGGCAAGGCCUAAUGACUAUUACAGAUAUCCACAAUAUCCGGAUUAUUCGGCCCCUUAUAAGGAGAGUCCGGCCCAGGUAAAAUAUUCCGAAAUCGCCGAAACCCCCCUCCAAAAUGUAGACCACCUCCAAAAACACAAAGACAUACAUAUGGAUAUGUGCAAUUUGCAACAAAUGCCCGCCUCCCGGCAACAAAACUACGCCUCUAACCCCGCCCUCCAGUACCACCCCGAAUCUCAGUACCAACAGUACCCCCAAUUGGGCAAAUACAAUGUCCCGCCCACUCCCCAAUGUCGCAAAUACCCCACACAGGAGAACGACUUUUUGGCUAAAUUACAAAGAAUCAACCCUACAAUGGCCCGGUCAAUCAUGAGUGAUCACCACAUCCGCGAAUCACAAUCCACCUAUCCCCACCACUAUCAAAAUCAACGUUAUUACCCCACCCAUAACCCCGCCUACAACUACCAGUACAAUUAUCCGUCGUGUAAUUAUCGGACGAAUCAGAUGCCGGUAGGUGGGGCACAAUACCCCGCCCAAAAUGAUCGUAGCCUAUCACCGCGUAACCUCAUGAUGAACUAUUCCAAUUCGCAAAAAAUUUCGCCCAAUUAUGGACAAUACAACCCACCAGAGUACGCCCAACACUACCAACAUAGACGUACGGCACUCACUCAAGAAUACUACCAGCAAACAUGUCGCUCCGCCUCUUAUAUGGGCGGUCAUCAAAUCACCGAAGCCAAUGAGAAUCGAGCUGGGAGUGGCGGUUUACGUCAUUUUAUCGAAAAUUGGGCGGAAGAGGAGGGGCCGAACGAAAUUACGCCCAUUUUUAAAGAAAACGUCCGGUUGCAUAGCAACGAUACAAACAACGAGCAAGUUUUCGUUAUAAAUUCUUCCGAUUUACCGCCAUGUUUGGAAAACUUCUCAUUGGUACCAACCGAAAACGGACAAUAUAUCAUCAAGAGUGGCACUCUUGAUAAUUCAAUUGUUCGAAUUAAAGAAACGGAAAAUAGUGUCAAUCUUCAAAUUGUCGAAAAAAAUGACAGUCUACUUGAAGAAAUUGCAAAAACAAGUGAAGAUACAACAGUGCCUUAUCAAGAAAAUCAAACGAAAGACUGUGAUGAAACAACCAAAAAUAAAAGCCAAUCUGAAGAACAGCCAAAGGCGAACGAAGAAAAAGAAGAAGAAAGUGUUGAGACAAGUGUCAUUGUGGCGAACGAAGCGUCAGUCAUCAAGGAUAUGCCCUUGAUCGAUGAAGAUCACCAUGAAGAAAAAAAGGAAGAAACACCACCAAUUGAAGAAAACGACAAAGAUUUGCUUGAAGAAAGUCACGUGACUACGACCACAAAACGUACUCAAAGAAUUUUUUCCGUUGAUGAUAUCAUCGGUACUUUCCCCACACAAACCCGAAGAAAUAGUCUUCAGUUUCCUCUAAAAGGGGAGGAAGAAAGUGAAAAUAGUCCAAAUGAAGAAAAUCACUCAAAAGAGGAAGAAAAUGAAGAAGUUGAGUUGCGAGACGCUAUUUCCGUUGAAGAUAAUUGUGUUAUUUUGGAAAUAGGUGGCGCUCUUGUACAAUUGAACAUCAAUCAUGUCAAUGGAACGAAGAUAUUGAGUGUGUUACCAUUGUCCGAGUCGCUGGUUAUCGAUGUUAAUGGUAAUUAUCAAGAAGGCAUCGAAGAAGAAAUUGAAGAAGAUCUUCAGUGCCAGAACGAGGUUGUGAUAGGUGAAGAAAAUGAAGAAAAUGAGGUGUCUCUUGAAUUUAACGAAACUGAAGACGAUGAAAAGAAGCAUAAACCGCAAAAAAUGAAGAAAAAUAGUGAAGACGAGGUCAUUACAAAGAAGGCUGAGAAAGAAAAAUCGAAUCUUGAAACCGAAGAUUGUGUUAAUAAAGUGAAGAAAGUUGAAGAAAGUGUUGAGAAAGGGAAGAAAAAAGCUCCAGAAAUGAAGAAACCGGAAAAGAAAAUAUUAUGUGAAGAAGAAGAGCUUAAAAAAGUGGAACCAACUGACGACAAAAAGAAAAUCGAGGACCAAAUAGUUGAAAAAUUGAAGAAACGUGAAGAAAAAAAACACGAGAAGAACUUGGUAUGUGACGAACAAUUGAAGAAAACGGAACUAAAUGACGAAAAAAACAAGAUCGGGGACGAAGUAGUUGAAAAAUUGAAGAAACGUGAAGAGAAGAAACGGGAGAAAAACUUGUUAUGUGAAGAAGAAUUGAAGAAAACGGAACUAAAUGACGAAAAAAACAAAAUCGGGGACGAAGUAGUUGAAAAAUUGAAGAAACGUGAAGAGAAGAAACGCGAGAAAAACUUGGCAUGUGAAGAAGAAUUGAAGAAAACUUUACCAAACAACGAGAAAAAGAAAUUCGAUUACGAAGUGGUUGAAAAAUUGAAGAAACGUGAAGAGAAGAAACGCGACAAGAAGUUAUGUGAAGAAGAAUUAAAGAAAACGGAACCAAUAGAAGAAACGAAGAAAAUAGAUGAGAAAAAAUUAACUGAAGAAAAUGAGGAGAACUUGAAGAAACGUGAAGAGGAAAAUCAUGAAAAGAAGAAACGUGACGACGAUAUUAGACAAAAGAAGAAACAUGAAGACGAGAGUAAUGAGAGAAAGAAACGUGACAAGAAAUUAAGUGAAGAAAGUGAGUUGAAAAAAGUUGAAGAAAGAGAAGUCAGGAAGAAGCAUGAAGAGGGACAGGAAAAGAAGAAACGUGAUCGGAGGUCGGUAAGUGAAGAAAUGAAGAAACGUGAGAAGAAACCGAAUGUUGAGGAAGAAAGUCACAUAAAGAAAUUAAAUAACGAAGAUAUUCAGUCGAAAAAUCUUGACGAAGAUAUUGUUUUGAAGAAAAAUGGGAAGAAAGCAGUGAUUGAAAGUGAUGAUUCUGAGAGUGAAGAAAUUGUAGAUAAGAAAAUUGAGAAGCAACCAAAAUUGUGCGUUAUUGAAGAGAAAGAAGAAAAUACGAAAAAGAAGAUAAAUGAAGAAUCCCCGGUAAAAGACAAGAAAGUUGAUGAUAAAAUCCGGGAAGAGAUUCUUGAAGAAUGCGCGAGAUUGACUGAAGAAAUGCCCCAAAGUGGAGAAACUUUGAAGAAAACUGAAGAAAUCAAAGAAAUUGAAAAACCGGUCACGAAAGCAGCGAAGAAACUCUAUGUCACUGAUUCUUCCGUAAAAAAACCAAAAGAAGAAAAACAAAAAUUGUCAAAAUUGGAAGAAACCGUCAACAAGAUUAAAUCACUUAAAGAAAAAACCGCAAAAAAAGAAGAAAAGAAAAGUCCGAAAAAAGUCACUUUUAAUCUUGAAACUGAAAUUCGUGAAAUAAGUAAAGAAGAAAUCGACCGGAAGAAACUAAGUUGGGAAGAAUACAACAAGCGGAAACGAAAAGCCCCACUUGCUUCAGACGAACCAAAGAACAAGAUAAUGGAAAAUACAGUGACGUCAUCGGACGAUAUAAGCGAAACUGUUGUUGAAAAAAUCGAGAAUGUUGUGAAAACAAAAAAAUCGCCACCAAGAACGAAUAGUAAUUGGGAAGAAGACACGCCUUCUCCUCCAACCCCCACCCAGAUUUCAACAACCAAUCGCAAACUUAUAAUUGACGUCAACGAAUUCAAUAUUAAACCAAUAGAAAACGUUUGCACCCCCUCACCGGUAAGCUCCUCCCAGUUUUCGUAUCAUUCGGAGGAAGACAGUUUACAGGUGUACAAAGACGUGGUUGAUUCAAAACUAAAUUCCCUAAACAUAAAAAUCCCUAAAUUAUCAAACAAACCAAAACCGGUUGAUAAAUUCACGGUUUUGGAGCGGUUUUUGAAUAAGGCAAGCUUAAAUUUGAACGAAUUGGAAGAAGUGAAGAAAUUUAUUGAAUUGAAAAGGAAGAUAAUUGAAGAUAAAGAUAAAGAUUUGAAAUUGCAUUAUAAGAAAGUGAGAAAGAAGAAACGUUUCAGGAAUUUAUAUACUGAGGACACUUCGGAUGAUUCCGAUUCGAGUCGGAGUGAAGGAGUGGGGGAUUAUUCGGUGUAUCAAAGGGAUUCCCAGGGGGUUCCCAAAUUGAUUUUUAAACGCAAAUCAGGCUUGCCACAACCAUUUGUCAAACUAGAAAGAUCGCAAGCUGUGGAAAUGAUGGCGAAAAAACGCAAAUUAUAUUAAAAAACGGGACCAAAGGUGACUGUUCCUAUGAUAUUAGCUUUUGCACGCGUGCAAUUGUUUAUGUUUUGUGGAGGUUUAACGAUGUUGAAGUUUAAUUCGGACACAAAUUCGAUGUUUUAUCAGCUCAUACACAGUAUUAAAGUUGCCUUUUUGGAUUUUUGACAGAGAUGUAUAUAUUUUUAGACGGUUACUGUUGGAAAAUUUGAGAUAAAAUAUAUUUGCAAGAUUUAAAGAAAAACAAAUACAUUCCGUAUUUAUUUCAUAAGUUUUUGUUUGUAUAUAAUUGUUUGAGGGCAUUUCAUGUUUGUUUAUUGUUUGUAUACAUAUUUAUGUAGUUACCGGAUUUAUGCACUGAUUAGGAAUUGUAUCAAUCAAAAAUCACCAAAGUCAAUUUUUUCUAAGUGUAGAUUUUUUAUGUGAGUGCCUUAGCACCUGAUUGUUGAGUUUGCCACGCGAGAGAGCAAGUGUGGAUCUAUUUCAGCACUUAUGUUAAUAAAAAUGUUACAAAA